AUGCAGUUUGUGGGAGACCAGUCGUACAACGACCAGCUCACUUCCUCGGUGGGCGUCCGCUUCUUCUCCAUGCCUGCUCCACCACAGUCUGGCGCGCUGGUUGUGGAGGAGCUCCUGGGACUCGUGGAGGAGCUGAAGGUUGUGCUUGAUCCAGAAUACCAGCACUGGCGUGACCUGAUCCGGUCCGAUCGCUCCUCCAACGAGGAAAGGCUCGGCGUGUUCCACGUGGCCGCCAUGCAGGCGCGCCGCAAGCUCGGCAAGAAGGCUCUGGAGAUGAACGCGAACGCCGUGCUCGGCUACCGCGAGUACGUCGACCUCGAGGGGGACGCCACUGACCGCAUCUGCGUUCGCGCCUUCGGCACCGCCGCGCGCGUGGCGGCGCCGCGGCAGGGCGGGGAGGGGAGCGACCAGGCGGGCCUGUCCACGCCGCGGGACGCCCUCGCGGCGGCGCGCCCACUGGAGGGCGGCCACGGCCCAGAGCUGCUGCCGCCCGCCGCGCAGCAGCGCGCGGGGCUCGCGCAGGGCCCGCGCGCCCUCUCGCGCUCGCUCAGCGGAGAGGUCGCGGCCGCAGGGGCUGCGGCCGCGCUGCCGCCUCCAGAUCGGGGGUCCCCGACGGCCAGAAUGGCGAUGGCGGAGCCUGUGCAGUUGCUGGCACCUUUUCGGCUGCACACCCUCAACCGGCUGCCAAUAGACGUGCGACCCGCUUUGUGUGGCGUGGUCGCGGCCAGGGCCGUGAAGGUGUUCAGCUCGCGCACGACGCAGGACCAGCGCGAGUCCUGGUGGUCGGAGCUGCGGGAGGAGCUGCUGUCGCACGCGCGGGCCCUUGGCGGCGACACGAUCGUGGGAUACCAGGAGCAUAUAUCCAUCGUCGACGACGCAGGAGCUCGGCGCAGGCCUGGGCCACCAGGAACCGCGAGGCCGUGGCAAUGCUGUCCGUGA